UUUCUUACAUGCUCUCUCCUCAUUAAACUCAAACAAUCUAAAGCCUUGACUACAAGCAUUAAAUACUUCUAAUGUUUAUGUCAUCACCACUACACUUUAUAUACCCACAUGUACAUACAUUAAACCACAUAUACACACAAUGUGUGAUCUACAGUCAUGCAAGUCACUUUCACCUCAAAUUUCCAAGCCUACAUAACCAACUUUUCAGCUAAUUCUACCCAUCUUUCCCUAUCUUUGUCACAGCUUGUUUGAUGAGAUGGGGAGGCUUGAAUUGUUGGUGAUCUUGAUUCUUUGUGAGGUUUGUUUACAAGCUUGGAUUUUGAAUGCUCAGAAUUUUAGCUGUGAUUCUAAUGAUUUUAAGGCAUUGCAGAGUAUUAAUGAUCAUUUAGAAUCUAGAAUUGAUGAGUGGAAAGUGGAUGCAAAUUCAUCUGGUUACUCAAAUUGUUGUGAUUGGGUAGGUAUAACUUGUGAGUCUUCAUGGUCUCUUGGAUUAAGUGGUGAGUUUGAGUCUGGUAGAGUUGUUAAGCUGGACUUGAGUAAUAAAAGAUUGAGAGGUAAUCUGUCUGAAUCAAUAGGGAGCUUAGACCAGCUUAAGACUCUUAAUUUGUCGCGUAAUUUCUUUGGGGACUCAGUACCAUUGUCAUUGUUUAAUUUGUCGAAUUUGGAAGUUUUGGACUUGAGCAGGAAUGGAUUUUCCGGGGUGUUUCCAGUUGGUUUAAAUUUACCGAGAAUUCAUGUUUUUGAUGUUGCUCAGAAUGGCUUUCGAGGUUUGGUUCCUGCUGGUAUAUGCAACAAGUCGCCUUUUGUUCAGAGUAUUAACUUGGCAGUUAACUUUUUUAAUGGAAGUAUUCCGUUAGAAUUUGGGAACUGUAGUUCACUGGAGAAUCUUACCCUUUCUUCAAACACUCUCUCAGGGACAAUACUCGAAGAUUUAUUUAAGUUGCCAAAGUUGUCUCUGUUGAAUUUGCAAGAAAAUAGAUUCUCCGGUCAGCUGAGUAACAACAUUAGUAAGCUUUCUAAUCUUGUUCGGUUGGAUGUUUCUUGCAAUCAGUUAUCAGGCAGUAUACCGGAUGUGUUCCAUACAUUAAACAAGCUAGAAUAUCUUUUGGCUAGAUCAAACAAUUUUACAGGCAAAAUACCUCCCUCAUUGAUGAAUUCUCAAAGUAUUGUUUCUCUCAGUUUGAGAAAUAAUUCAUUGGAUGGUCGGAUUGAUAUUAAUUGUUCAGCAAUGAUUAAGCUUGUAUCACUUGAUUUGGGUUCUAACAAGUUUCAAGGAUCCAUUCCUGAUAAUUUACCCUUCUGUCCACGGCUAACAACAAUAAACCUUUCCAAAAUCAAUUUCAAAAGCCAGAUCCCAGAAAGUUUUGAAAAUUUUUCUAGCCUAUCCUAUCUUUCGCUCUCAAAUUCCAGUAUUUAUAACAUAUCAGGUGCUCUUCAUAUUCUACAGCAUUGCAGUAACUUGAAAAUUUUGGUUCUUACCUUGAAUUUUCAUAAAGAGAGAUUGCCAUCUGUUCCAAGCCUACAGUUUAAAUCACUUAAUGCUCUGAUUAUUGCCAAUUGUAAACUUACUGGCACCAUUCCGCAGUGGUUGAGUGGUUCCAGACAAUUGCAAUUGCUGGAUCUGUCCUGGAACCAAUUGGAAGGAACAAUUCCAUCAUGGUUUGGUAGCUUCCAGUUUCUCUUUUACUUGGACUUGUCAAAUAACUCUUUUUCUGGGGAGCUUCCUCGAAACCUUACUGCAUUGGAAAGUCUUGCUUUCCGGAAUAUCUCUUUGGAAGAGCCUUCUCCAGAUUUUCCCUUCUUCAUGAAAAGAAAUAUAAGUGCCAGGGUGUUGCAGUAUAAUAAAAUUUGGAGCUUUCCACCGAAGCUGGAUCUUAGUAAUAAUUUUCUCCGGGGACAAAUCUGGCCAGAAUUUGGGAAUUUGAAGAAGCUACAUGUACUUGACUUGAAAUAUAACAACUUAUCAGGAAGCAUUCCAGCUACUUUGUCAGGUAUGACUAGCUUGGAGACCUUAGAUUUGUCAUACAACAGACUCUCGGGAAAUAUACCAUCUUCUUUGGUGGAUCUCUGUUUUCUGUCAUAUUUCAACGUCGCAAACAAUAAUCUGAGUGGCAAAAUACCAACUAAAGGCCAGUUUCAAACCUUUCCCAACUCUAGUUUUGAGGGGAACCAAGGGUUAUGUGGGGAGCAUGUUUCGCCCUGUCAAAUUUCUUUUAAAAUUCCUAGUAGAUCAAGUAUGAAAUCAAAGAGGAGAGGAACUAUCAUUGCAAUGGCUGUUGGUAUUGGCUUUGGAACAAUUUUUCUUGUUGCUCUCAUGUACUCAAUGGUUCUGCGGAAAACUAUCUCGAAAGAUGUUGAACCCGAGGCUGCUGAUAACAGAGAUGGUCCGAAAGACGUUGAGUCAAGACUACUUGUACAUUUUCAAAUUCACGAUAAUAAUAAAGAGCUCUCACUUGAUGACAUUCUGAAAUCAACUAACAGCUUUGAUCAAUCAAACAUUAUUGGCUGUGGAGGCUUUGGUUUGGUCUACAAGGCCACCUUUCCCAGUGGUAAGAAGGUUGCAAUCAAGCGGCUCUCUGGUGACACUGGUCAGAUGGAUAGAGAAUUCCAGGCAGAAAUCGAAACACUUUCAAGAGCUCGGCAUCCAAACCUUGUCCAGCUUCAGGGUUAUUAUACCUACAAGAAUGACAGACUCUUAAUAUAUGCAUACAUGGAGAACAGUAGCUUGGAUUUUUGGUUGCAUGAGAAAAUAGACGGCCCUUCUUUACUAGACUGGGAUGCCAGGCUGCAGAUUGCUCAGGGGGCAGCAAGAGGGCUCGCUUACUUGCACCAAUCAUGUGAACCUCAUAUCGUCCAUCGUGAUAUCAAGUCUAGUAACAUUCUUCUAGAUGACAAGUUUGUAGCUCACUUGGCUGAUUUUGGCCUUGCGAGGCUUGUACCUAACUAUGACAGUCAUGUGUCGACAGAUCUUGUUGGGACUCUGGGCUACAUUCCUCCCGAGUAUGGCCAAGCCUCAGUUGCAACAUAUAAAGGCGAUGUGUACAGUUUUGGGGUGGUUCUUCUGGAGCUUCUCACCAGCAGGAGACCAAUGGAUAUGUGUCAACCUAAAGGAAACCGGGACUUGAUUUCUUGGGUUUUCCAAAUGAAGAGGGAGAAGAGGGAAAGCGAAGUUUUUGAUCCAUUAAUUUACGACAAAGAACAUGCAGAUGAGUUAUUAGUAGUUCUUGAAAUAGCUUGCCUCUGCUUGAGUGAAAACCCGAGAACAAGGCCUUCUACUCAGCAGUUAGUUUCAUGGCUUGACAACUUCGACGUCAACGUUUUGCUCCAAUCUUAAAGGAAGCGAAAUCACCCUCAUGACAAUGUAAAAUAUGUACAGUAGUCUACUUAUGCCGCAUUGUCCUGCAGAAGUUGCGAAUUACAGGGGAAUAAUCUCCGUGAUGAUGUAUCUAUCAGCAGUAGGGGACUGAAGUGUAUACACCAGACAGGUACUUUGUUACAUUAAAAUUAUGUAUGCAAGGAAAGCAAUGUUAUACCAAUUUUCAUCGGUCC